AUGUCCGAUUCCGAAUUCGAGGUCGCCCAGGAAGAUGAGCUCCUAAUGCAUACAUAUGCGUCACUUCCCAACAAGUGCAAGAAGUACUGGCGGAAAAGGUACCUGCUUUUCUCGAAAUUCGACGAGGGUGUAUAUCUCACGUCAGAAUUAUGGUACAGUGUCACACCAGAAGUGACAGCCCGGUUCACGGCCAGGCUUGUGAAGAAGCUCUUGCCAGAUUGCGAAAACAUUCUCGAUGUUUGUUGCGGAGGCGGAGGCAAUACUAUUCAAUUUGCCAAGAUCUUCAAGAACGUUGGAGGUGUAGAUGUCAAUGCCAACAAUAUCAAGUGUUCACAACAUAAUAGCACCGUAUACGGCGUCGAUGCCAACACUUGGUUUGUUCAAGGAGACUGGAACAAGUUGCUGGAAGACAGCAGCUGGAUUCCUGUGGAUUUGCCAAACGGCAAAUUUGACUUUAUCUUCUGUUCUCCACCGUGGGGCGGACCAAACUACAAAAAACAGCAGUGGUUUGAUUUAUUCAGCAUGGAGCCCUUCAACUUGAGACAGCUCUGCCACAGUCUCCGCAAGUUUUCCGACCAUUUUGGCCUUUUCCUUCCGAGAAACCUGGACUUGGACCAGAUUAGACAGGUGUCGCACGAGCUCUUUGGCGAUAAAUACAAGACUCGCGUGGUUUGCCUAUGGCAAAACGGCUCGCCCUUGGGACUUUUAGCCAUCUUUGGCUCCUCAUAUAGCAUCAAAAUUACAUAG